UUGACCAUAAGAAUUUCAAGACCGACAUGGCAACAUGGCUUUUAUAGCGUUUUCCUGCUUACUCCUUCAUCCCCAUCUGUCUAAUAAAAUAUCAAUUUCUAGACAGAUAAAUCAUGAAGUGACAAAUGUUAAGAAAAUACCUUGAAUGUCUUCUCUCUCUCUUCUUGCUAUUUCCUCCCUCUUUCCUUUCCUGCAGCAUAUUCUUAUUGAUAGUAUUGUCUUUGCCCUCCUUAUGGUAUCAUAUAUAUGCAUUGCACAGCGCCUGAGUCCUGAAAAUUCAGAAAGAUUAUUUGCUUCUACUAAUUCCAAGCCUUUUGAUCUUCAUCAACAAUGGACUCAACGUGGGUGAACACUUCUCUCGGCCUUAAUCUUGUUCCGUUCUGCAGUGCCGAUGAUCAUCAAGCUCCUGCCACUCAGGUAGCUAGUCAUCAUGAUGUGUUGGCUGAAGAGUUGAAUAGGAUAAGUGUGGAGAACAAGAAGCUGACUGAGAUGCUAACUGCCCUCUGCGAGAAUUACAACACCUUGCAAUCCCAUGUGAGAGAAUUGAUGAUCACCAAGCAGCAGCAAAACAACUCAUCUGAUAUUUAUAGGAAGCGAAAGGCAGGCAGUGAAGACUACAACAACGUGAUUGGAUUAAUUAGUCCCGGGACUAAUACUGACACCAGCUCCUUCAGUGAUGAUCAAGAGUACUCAUGCAAGAAGCCAAGGGAGCACGCCAACUUAAAGAUUUCUAGGGUUUAUGUUCGCACCGAUGCAUCCGACACACGCCUGAUUGUGAAGGAUGGAUACCAAUGGAGAAAAUAUGGUCAGAAGGUCACAAGAGAUAACCCGUCACCUAGGGCUUACUACAAGUGUUCCUUUGCCCCAAGUUGCCCAGUUAAAAAGAAGGUGCAAAAAAGUGCUGAAAAUCCAUGCGUACUGGUAGCUACAUAUGAAGGAGAACACAACCACAUGCACCCUGAAAGCCGAGCUGAAGUUACACUGAUAGCCCCAGUAUCUCCAAACCAGAACCAGCCUCCAAUUUCCGUUUCACCAUCCAUGGCAAAGAGAUCUGCACCUCCAACUUUUUCAUGUGACAUUAACCGGAUAAGUCCCAAUACUACUAUGUGCCCCCAAGAAACUGAAGCUGCGACGUUCCAACAGUUUUUGGUACAACAAAUGGCUUCUUCCUUGACCCAAGAUCCCAAUUUCACAUCUGCUCUUGCUGCUGCCAUUUCAGGAAGAAUUUCAGACCACUCAUGAUCCGAAAAUGGUGAAAAGUGAAAAAUCCUAAUUAGAGUUACCUUGUUAUCACAUAGAGAGAGAGAGAGAGAGUGAGAGUGAGAGUCAUGUGGUUUCCCCCCUUCUAUUUAUUAUUUACAUCACAUGUUAUUUGAGAGUUUUAAUUAAAGUGUAAGGAUGUAAAUAGUUACCAAUUAUUCACUCACAUGUAUGCGAUUCGUAUGAGAAUCCGAAGAGUCGUCGCAUAUCAAAAAGUUAAUGAAUCUUGCAUAGACUUAUAAUCUAGUUCCAAUUGGUUUUGAA